AUGGUGGAAACAAUAUGGCCCCUAGCCGCUCACAUACAGUCUAGGCCCUCCCCAACCUGCUCACGGCAACCAAGCAAAAUGGCAUUGCGUUACUUCAUACAAGAAGUGUUAAGGCGAUCAAAGACAAGCUACUCGACGCUGCAAGUAGCGCUCUACUACCUGGUCUUAAUCCAGCCUCACGUACCAACCGUCGACUUUACGCAGGAGCAGCCUGACGAUUCAGCCUCAUCCUUUUCGCUUCAAUGCGGGCGUCGGAUGUUCAUCGCGGCACUGAUACUCGCUUCGAAAUAUCUACAAGAUCGGAACUUUUCGGCCAACGCAUGGAGCAAAAUAUCUGGAUUGAGCACUUGGGAUUUGAAUGUCAAUGAGUUGGCUUUUGUUUCCGCCAUUAAUUGGAAGCUUCAUAUUCCGGAAAAGGUCUUCAAUAGAUGGACAGACAUUGUUCUCCAAUUCUCGCCAUCAUCCUCAACAAGCACGGCGCCGCGUUCACCGGCGAGAUCAAGGCUCUCUUGGAAGCAGGUUGUCGAACGCUUGACCCCAGAUCUCGACGCCGCCGAAUUUGGCAAUGCUGAGCUGUCCGACGAUUCGGGCUACGAUUCUCCAGACUCACCAGAGUCAUCGAUGAGCCCUCCGCCUGUCCCGAAUAGUGGUGUUCUCACUCCGCCAGCGCAUGAGCCCACACCAACACCGGCAACGGCAUCGAUACCUCAGUGGCUUGAGCAGACACCAACAGCACACGUCCCUAUCGGCAUGGAAUCUACGAGGCCCAUGUUACCUCCCAUGCAGCCUCAUCCCCAACUCCUACCGACUCCUCAGCUUACACCUCAAGUUGGUUCUUUCUGUACUCCUGCUGUGAGUGCUUCGAGAACGUUUUCUCGACGAUCAUCAAUGAGUAGAGCUAUGAGUCAUGUUCAAGACGCAUCUAUCGCCAGAUGUACUCUCGAUCGUACUACAGAUUGGAGGCCCAGGGUACCGGAAGGCUUUCCGACCCUAGCUCGCCGGUCAUCUCUCGCAACAUCAGCUUCUUCGAUGUCAUCUCCAGACACGCAAAUCUCAGACGUCUCCACUCAAUACUCUGACGCCUCAUCUCGUCCUUCCCGAUCAUCCUCAAUUUCAUCAGUAGCUUCAUCGGUCUGCGCGCCAGCACAGCCAGUCAAACUGGCAGUACAAGCGACGCGACGAUGUGCGAACAUGCAAUUGGGCGGUUUGAAGGGCCUUACGCAGACAUGUCUGUCACCCAGCGAGAUCUCACGAUCACCACAAAAUAGGACACCGCGACCUCCGAAAUGCUCGAACGACAACUCAUCCCCGACCGCGAUUACUCCGACUUCAACCUCCCCUCUCAGAGAAAAUACUAGGCUCUCUGAUAGUUUUAUGGAAGACGACCAGAAUUUGCCACGAUGCAAUGAACACUCGAGAGCAUCAAACUUUAACAAGUUUGACAGUGAACCUUUUCCUCGCAACCCAGACCGCAUGAAUCAAAUCGACGCUCGCAAAACAUUCGCAACUUUCAUGGGCUUUACUCCCCCACCAACCUCCGACACGCGAGAAGCAGCAUCAGCGCUGCAAUCUCUUGCGCUGGGCAACCAGCGUCAGCAGCACCUCCAGCAACAUAAUCACCAACCCUCCAACCCCACCAUGAGUUUCAACCAUGAUCACACCACCCUCCCCACCCCUUUCUUUCUCCCACGCACUAACUCCGCCAAACGCGCACGUCCACAAAGUAUGGACUUCAGCCUCGAGGACGCCGUGCACGCAACCAUCGCACCCAGAUCGCUCGCGGACGUGACCAACGUCGAUAAUGUGAAUAUCAGCGGCAAUGGUAGUGCGGUGUUAGAGGAUGAGGACGUAGCGGACUCCUUUUUGUUGAGGAAGGAGAACCGUCAUGCGGUUAGGGAGGCGAAUAAGAAACCGACGAAAUCAGUAUCGGUGGUGGAGAAUGUGCCAAGGAAGAAGGCGUGUGCGGGUAGCGAUCGUGGGGGACGAGAGGGGUUGAGGAGGGGCAAUGGGAUUGUUUGUUUGAGAUAA